UUCAUCGAGGUGUCUAAAAAAUGUUGAGGAGGAAACGGAUGGUAAUCCAUUCUUCCACCAACAAAUGGAUCAGCCCUCUUCAUCCCAUUUCGCUCAACAUGUUGAUAGCGAUCCAGAUGAUGCUGAGUACAUUGCACCCUCAACGGAAGAUGAAGAAUCUUCGGAAGAGGAAGAGGACAUAUCUGCAGAUGAAGGAGAAGAUGGCCAGGACGUUCGUGCAAUGCCACAAUUACAUGACCGGCAAAGUCACGUACCAAAUAUGUCGUUGAGGCCAACAUUCCACAUCCCAAUUAUUGAGGUCGGCAACAGGUAUCCUUCUUUCCAAAGUCUACAACAAGCUGUGUCAUUACGGAACAUUGCGGAGCAUAGACACUUUCACACAGAAGCGAAACAGAGCCGCUAUUGGAAAGCACGUUGUGUAUAUGCCCCACAAUGCACUUGGUUCAUACAAGCAGCAAAGAAUGCUGGGUGUAGUAUAUGGACCAUAAAGCAAUAUCAGGGGUAUCACCAGUGUAGGCCGGAUUACACGCGAGCUAAAGACGACAAAUUGUUAACUAGUGAGCUCAUUAGUGGCCUGAUUGGUCCUAAAAUUGAAGAAGAUGCUGAUUAUAAAGUCAAACUCAUAAUGAGGGAUGUUUAUGAGUUGUUCCAAGUAUCUGUCUCCUAUAAGAAGGCAUGGUGUGCAAAGUCAUUGGCCAUUCAGCGAUUGUACGGUAGUUGGGAGGACUCAUACAACAAGCUGGCUCCUUUGCUCGGUGCAAUUAUGGGAUCAAACCAUGGGACAGUUGUGGAUUUGCAAACCCAACCUACGAACGCAUCGACUACAUUUCAGUUCAGGUAUGUUUUUUGGUCUUUCAAGGCAUCCAUUGAUGGCUUCCAAUACUGUCUUCCAGUUGUUUCAGUUGACGGGACUCACUUAUAUGGAAAGUAUAAGGGAACUCUAUUAAUUGUCGUGGCAAUGACGGGAAAUGGUGACAUUUUUCCCUUGGCUUUCUCCAUUGUGGAUGUUGAAAAUGGUGAAAGCUGGAAGUGGUUCAUGACAAAUAUCAUGCGACAUGUCGUGCCUCCGCACCGCCAUAUAUGCAUAAUAUCUGAUAGGCAUGGUGGUAUUGAUCACGCAUUCAAUAAUGUUCCAGAAUUGCAGGGAGGUCAAGUCACUCGAAGAUUUUGUCUCCGCCAUGUGCGAAGCAAUUUCCAUAGCAAGUUUCGAAGUAAGAAAUUGAAGAACAUGAUGUAUAAAGCUGGUAAGACCCCUAGCAGAAGUGAGUUUGAGAAGACGCUUCUCGAGAUAGCAACCAAAAAUCAAGAAGCAUACAACUGGCUUAGGGCUAUUCCAAAACACAUGUGGGCAUUGUCCCAUGAUGAAGGUGGCUCAUGCCAUGGUAUUACGACAACAAAUUCAUCAGAAAGCUUCAAUCAUGUCCUUAAGGGAUGUCGUUGUUUACCUGUCUUUGCCAUUGUGAGGUUCACGUAUGACAAAUUGGUCAAGCUAUUUGCUGAUAGGCGAACCAAUGGAUAUUUGUGGCAAUAAUUUGGGUAUAAUUUUCCAAUGAAU